AUGUUACCGUUACGGCUUAAUCCGUGUAGGGCCAUGGGCUUGUCGCCCUGGCGUCUACUCUGCUGCUACCGUGUCGAUGAGAACCCUCAGUGUGGACGCUCUUUUGCAGCGUUUGGUUGCUCUGUUACUCUGGGCGCCGAGACUGCUUUUGCUAUGUCUUCCAAUUCGUCUGAAAAUGGGGAUGAAAGCCCCGAGAGCUCACCCUCAAGUCCCAGGUCACCCUCAGAGCCCCCUCUAGAGAGCGAACCUUCCGUCAGAAGCAGCCGGGUUCGACCUUACUUCGAUCUGUCAACUAUUGAUACUUUCUACGAGCUUAUAGUCCAUCAGGAUGACGGGAGAAUCCGACUUUAUCCUCCAUUUUUCGAGUACGAUGACCAGGAUGCUUGGAGCCGUGGACAACAUGACUGCAAACACGACGUGCUACUCCGCGAGUAUGCCAUAGAUGAGUGUGAAACGUGCGAUUCCUGCGGCAAUGUCCCAACUCUCGGAUGGUUCUAUCGUUGUGGGGUGGACAUCUCUGGGUACUCUCAUCAGAUGGAUCCUGGCCAGGACCCAGUUGUAAGUCCCUGGAUUGCCGACGCAAUGAAGGUCGGUUGCUACGAUAGCACACAGAAGGAAAUUCUCGAGCAACAAAAGCUGAAGGUCGUGCAAGUAGCCACGCAGCAUCGCAUUAGUCAGUUGGUUGCGUUUCCUGUGACGGGAGUGAUAUACGGGAUUGAUCCCGACGACGACGAUGACAACCCUCAUGUUGAGAUUAUUGAAGAUGUCUCCGAACAAGAUCAUAACCCUCCCGCUCUCGAACGUUCGGCAAACUCCUUGGUGGCCCCUCCUCCUUGCAGCUAUCGUGCUUGUCAUGAUUGUGCGCCUCGACUUCAAGAACGCGUGUGGCUUAGCAUCAAUGAGAUAUGCAGAGACUCGACAGUAAGAGCCCCGACCCAGUGGGACCUCCGCGACCAAUCCAUCUCAGAUGCAAGAGUCGUGAGCAAUCUAGGACUAAGGCCCUCCUCUGUCCCUCUCCCCGAUGUCUCUCGCCACUCACAUGCCCCUACUGAACGGAUGAUCCUUUCUUCGCCCGAUUUCUCUGCCACUCCCUCUAUUGGACCCUCUACCACGCCUAUCGCUGGAUCAUCUGCCUUACCAUCCGAUGGACGUACUAAACCAUACCGUGGGGGGCUUAGACGGCUGAUCCGUAAAUCCUUCACUAGCCGCUCUCUCAAAGCCCCUUCGUCUCUCACUCUGUCGACGUCCAUUCUAGCUCCAAUUACCACCCAGGUCGCUGGAGCCAUUACUGGCUUCUUCAGCAAGUCUAAUCCUGUUGCACCACCACCUCCUCCUCAUAGGGAAAUUCCCGGGCGGCUGAGCACUCGACCUGCCGCAUCUUCCGAACCCUCUGCGAAUCCCACUGCCAGCAGCUCGCAGACCGCCCCUUCCUCCUCUUCCUCUGAACAGAUGCCUUCAGGCUGGCCUCGUCCGUUGACCUAUCAAACCGCAUGGAACAGUAUCAACAAGCAUCCCAAGCGCCCUAAUCUGCCCAAUCGGGUCAAGCGUACCAUCGUCUGGUUCCCGCCGACAAUCUAUGAGGAACGUGAGGAAGAGUAUCGGGAGCCAGAAUCAGAUGACGAUGACGAUGAUGAAUCAGGUGGCUGCCCCCUUGAUCCUGAACCUCCUACGAAGGACAAGGGGAAACGACGUGCCUGAAGGUCACUGC